CCGCUAAAAUGGGCGUAGGAGUGAGGUCGGCGGUAUAUAUAAGUCAGGCGGCCUGGCGGGUCAGCCUCAGUACAGUGACAAGAGCCGUGAUCUACCACGCCAACAACCACCAAGUUUUCUCCAGGCAAAUUUUAAUCGGUCAAGAUGCGUAUGUCGUGGUUCCUUGGGGCGGCGCUGCUGGUGGUGGCUCUAGCACAGGCGUUUGCUGUGCCCGUUGACGAAAACAAUAAUCCCGAGGAAAAAAGUACUGGAUCAAAGACGUUUCAUGCUGUGAGGGCGUUCUUCAGACCCGUGACUGAUUAUUUCUUCAAGAAACUACCAAACAAGACCCCUUCAGAUGUUGCCACUGAUGUCAAGGAACAGGCGACUGAGGUAAAGGAAUGGGCACAGGAGAACCAGGCGGUGCAGUCACUAGUCUCCUCCCUCACACCAGUCAAGAACUGGCUCAAGGAUAAGGCCAACGUCCUGAAGGAUACGACCUUUAAAGAGAUGUAUGAGGACGUUAAGACGCGAGUAAGCAACUUGGAUGAAAGGAUUGGAACCUGGAUCCAGGAGCAUAACACCAAACAAUAAACUCCAUCCUUCCUUCCUCACCCCCCCCCCCCUUUCCCAAACCUUUCAUUCCAUCCUUAUCUCCCCCCCCACUACCACCUCGCACAUCUACAUUACCAUCUUCACCUCAUUCGUGUAAUUUUGUUAUCAGUCAGACAAAUGUUACCAUUAGGCUGUUCAAAUACUUUAUAGUUAAUUUUCUAGUAUUUACAUUUAAUACAGUUUUGGUUGAAAUCCACUUGUUAGGCUUCAUAAUAAAUUAUGAAAUUAUUAUUUUAAUUUAUUGUCCCGGUGUUCUGACAUGUAUUCUGAAACUUUAUUGAUUAUGUCACUCAGGCUUCAAUCUGAGAUCUAUGCAUUUCUGUGGUUUCUACAUAAAUUUUAUUUCCUUCAAA